GAAAAGCACCGAUAAAAGGGCUCAAGAAGAACAGCAAAAGGUACAGGGCGUAGCAGGAGCCAUCGACCGGUCCCUACCUCCACUGCAGCGCAAGCCAACUGGGAAAUGCUGCGGCGCACUCUGGCCACUAACAGUGCGGCCCUGGCGCCCCGAGUGGCAGCCUGGGUGCGGACCAUGGCCUCCCACCAGCUGCUGGUAGAACCCCCCCAGGCCCUGCUCAAGCCGCUGUGUGUCCCCAGCCGGCUGCUGCUGGGGCCUGGCCCCUCCAACAUGGGCCCUCGCGUCCUGGCGGCCGGGGGGCUGCAGAUGAUCGGGCACAUGCACAAGGAGAUGUUCCAGAUAAUGGACGAGAUCAAGCAAGGCAUCCAGUACGUGUUUCAGACCCAGAACCCCCUCACCCUGGCCAUCAGUGGCUCGGGACACUGUGCCCUGGAGGCCGCCCUGUUCAAUCUCCUGGAGCCAGGUGACUCCUUCCUGGUCGGAGUCAAUGGCAUGUGGGGACAGCGAGCUGUGGACAUUGGGGAGCGCAUCGGAGCCCGCGUGCACUCGAUGACCAAGGACCCUGGAGGCCACUACACACUGCAGGACGUGGAGGAGGCUCUGGCCCAGCACAAGCCUGUGCUGCUGUUCUUGACUCAUGGGGAGUCAUCCACUGGAGUGCUGCAGCCCCUCGAUGGCUUCGGGGACCUCUGCCACAGGUACAAGUGCCUGCUCCUGGUGGACUCAGUGGCAUCCCUGGGCGGGGCUCCUCUCUACAUGGACCAGCAAGGCAUCGAUGUUUUAUAUUCUGGCGCCCAGAAGGUCCUGAACGCCCCUCCAGGCACCUCCCCCAUCUCCUUCAGUGAGAAGGCCAAGAACAAGGUCUAUGCUCGGAAGACAAAGCCCUUCUCCUUCUACCUGGACCUCAAGUGGUUGGCCAACAUCUGGGGCUGUGACGACAAGCCCAGGAUGUACCAUCACACAACCCCUGUCAUCAGCCUGUACAGCCUGAGAGAGAGCCUGGCCCUCAUAGCAGAACAGGGCCUGGAGAACAGCUGGCAGCAGCACCGGGAAGCCACAGCCUAUCUGCACGGCCGGCUACAGGGACUGGGGCUGCAGCUCUUUGUGAGGGACUCGGCACUCCGGCUGCCCACGGUCACCACUGUGGCCGUUCCUGCUGGCUAUGACUGGAGAGACAUUGUUAACUACAUCAUGGACCACUUCAACAUCGAGAUCACGGGUGGCCUCGGGCCCUCAGUGGGGAAGGUGCUGCGGAUCGGCCUGCUAGGCUGCAAUGCCACCCGGGAGAGUGUGGACCGUGUGAUCAAGGCCCUGAGGGAGGCCCUACAGCGCUGCCCUAAGAAGAAGCUAUGACCACCCACUGGCCCAUGCCCAUCCAGCGGGACUCAGGAGGACCCAGCAGCAAAUAGAUCUUCCUGAUCAGUGGUGCUGGGUAUAGGAAAGCUAUGGGGCCAGCCAAGGUCAGGUGGCAGGGACAGAACCUUGGCGGCGCCCUUUGGCCCAGGCAGCCCUUCUCCCUCCAAGUGGGUCCUACUGGAAACAGGUCCACUGGCUCAGAACCCCUGCUGCUCUCUACAUGAACUGCAGGUCUCACUGGCCACUGGCCUUCUGGGUACAUUCAAUAAAGAGUGACUGGUAGUCUC